ACGAAACCCCUCUCUCUCUCACACUCUCUUGGGAAUGCACCUGCCCGACGUCACCAAUGACAAGCCUGCGAGUGAGCGAACGGUCGAAUGUUUCCUCAAACACACUCUAGAUUUCCAGUGUGAGAUACCUGUCAGUCUAGGUGCCGAGCACAAGGGGAAAGCAAACUUGAUCAGGAACACUUUGAACACGAAGUCCCUGGGACAGGAGAGGAAUUUCUUCUUCUCCUGAGACUUUCACAAUGGUCUCUCUCCCCUCUGAUGUCGCAAUGUAGGGUGUUAUUUUAGCAUGGAGGCUGCUGACUGAGUGGUCACCAUGGAGCCCUUCCUGCGCAUCGCCUUUAAUGCGUUUGAUGUGGGAGUCCUGCCCCCCUCGACUAACAAUCCCUUCUGUGCCAUUAAGAUGAAGGAGUCCCUCAGCACUGAGCGAGGGAAGACCCUGGUCCAGAGGAAACCCACUAUGUACCCAGCCUGGAAGUCCUGUUUCGACGCCCACAUCUACGAGGGCCGUGUCCUGCAGGUGAUUCUGAUGAAGACCACAGAGGAGCCAUUGGCCGAGGCCACGGUGGGCGUGUCCGUGCUGGCCGAGCGCUGUAAGAAGGGCAAUGGCUGUGCUGAAUUCUGGGUAGACCUGCAGCCUUCUGGGAAGGUUCAAAUGGCCAUCCAGUUCUUUACGCAGGACACAGACACAACAGCAGCGUUUAAAUCGACAGUGAAGAUGCGCGAAGUGGAGGACGAGCCGAAGACACUGAACCGAAGGAGAGCCAUUAAACAGCCCAAGGUGCACUUCGUCAAGAACCAUGAAUUCACCGCCACCUUCUUCGGACAGCCCACCUUCUGCUCUGUCUGCAGGGAGUUUGUCUGGGGACUCAACAAGCAAGGCUACAAGUGCCGACAAUGCAACGCGGCUAUCCACAAGAAAUGCAUCGACAAAAUCAUUGGGAGAUGCACCGGAACAGCAGAGAACAGUAGAGACACUGUGUUCCAGAAGGAGCGCUUUAAGAUCGACAUGCCGCAUCGCUUCAAGAGCCACAACUACAUGAGCCCUACCUUCUGUGACCACUGUGGCAGUAUGCUGUGGGGAAUGGUCAAGCAGGGCAUCAAGUGUGAAGAUUGUUCCAUGAACAUCCAUCACAAGUGUCAGAAGAAAGUGGGCAAUCUCUGUGGAAUCAACCAGAAACUCCUGUCUGAGGCCCUCAACCAAGUUAGCCAGAAAUCCAUAAGUAGGUCUGAAUCCAACAAAUCCGAGUCAACGGACAUUGGAAUCUACCAGGACUUCAACAAAAGCCCAGGAGCGGACCCUAGUGAAUCCAAUGAGAAGCUGUGGGAGGGUGGUAAGGUCCCUGCCCCCACCAACAUCACCCCCACGAUCCACCUCACCAUCGAUGACUUUGUGUUCCAAAAGGUGCUGGGCAAGGGCAGCUUUGGCAAGGUCCUGCUGGCUGAGCUGAAGGGGCGAGGGCAGUACUUUGCUGUGAAGGCCCUGAAGAAAGAUGUGGUUCUGAUGGAUGAUGAUGUGGAGUGUACCAUGGUGGAGAAGAGAGUCCUGGCCCUGGCCUGGGACAACCCCUUCCUCGCACACCUCUACUCCACCUUCCAGACCAGGGAACACCUGUUUUUCGUGAUGGAGUACCUGAAUGGAGGGGAUCUGAUGUUCCACAUACAAGAUAAGGGUCGCUUUGAUCUCUACAGAGCCACGUUCUACUCAGCAGAAAUUGUAAUUGGACUGCAGUUCCUCCAUUCCAAAGGAAUUAUUUACAGGGACCUGAAGCUGGACAAUGUGAUGCUGGACAGGGAUGGCCACAUUAAGAUUGCUGACUUUGGGAUGUGCAAGGAGAACAUGUUUGGAGAGAAUCGGGCCACCACUUUCUGUGGGACACCAGACUACAUCGCACCAGAGAUCCUGCUGGGACAGAAGUACACCUUCUCCGUGGACUGGUGGUCGUUUGGCGUGCUGGUGUAUGAGAUGCUGAUUGGCCAGUCGCCAUUCCAGGGUGAUGACGAGGAAGAGCUCUUUGAGUCCAUCAGGAUGGACGUGCCUCACUACCCUGGCUGGCUCACCAAGGAGGCCAAGGACCUGCUGGAGAGGCUGUUUGAACGAGACCCUAGUAACAGACUAGGGGUGGUGGGGAACAUCCAAGGACACUCCUUCUUCAAGACCCUCAAUUGGCCUGCCCUGGAGAAGAGAGAGCUGGAACCCCCCUUCAAACCUAAAGUGAAAGCACCCAAUGACUGCAGCAACUUUGACCGGGAGUUCCUGCGUGAGAAGCCCCGCCUCUCCCACGCGGACAAGAACCUGAUUGACUCUAUGGACCAGGCGGCCUUUGCAGGCUUCUCUUUCAUCAACCCCAAGAUGGAAUGCAUUAUGGUCAAUUGAAGGCACAACAUGAUUCCUCCAUCUAUCCAUUAUAAACAUAGGAAGGAAGGAAGGAAGGAAGGAAGGAAGGAAGGAAGGAAGGAAGGAAGGAAGGAAGGAAGGAAGGAGAGACCAGUAUAGCAUUUAUCACUGUGGUGGGUCCAAUCAAUAGUGGUGUCUUUCUUUUCCUUGUGAUCAAAUAUUGAAUCAAUAUGAAUCAGUCCAUAUACUGUACUUUAUCCCCCAACAACAUUUGCACCACCCCAUAACUCAGAUUGUUGUUUAAUAUUUUGCAUGCUGGGAAGUCGGGGAUCAAAUGUGGCUCUAUUAUAACACCCCUGUGUGCCCUACCUACUGUCUGUCACUCUUUCCUGUCCUGAACAUUCACAUAAUACUUUGUGUGUCUGUGCGUGUCAGCACUUGCUGUGCGUAAAUGCAUAAAUGAAUGUGUCUUUGUGAGUGACAGCAUGAAUGUCUAGUAUUUCCCCCUAGCUGUAGCAGCUACUCUGAUUUGGAGUCACAUGCUGGUGCCAGUUUUGAAUGGUCUAUAAUGAAGAAAAAGUUUGUACUUUUUCAGGUACAAAAUGAAAGGGUGCUGCAUACAAAAUCUUGUUGUAUAAUACCCAAGAAACAGGACCAGUAGAGAAUGCACAGAUGUAUGGUGGCAUGGAUAGUCUCAUUCCCCUCUCACCGUGUGGAUCUAGCUGCCCAUCCACACGGUAUAAAACUAAGGGUUUGCAACCAGUACUGCAACUUCCCCACUUUCCUGAACCAACUGCAGCUACUCUGAUUAAGACCUGAGUAAGUGUGAAACAGAGUGGAACAUCUUUCUGAAGGGAAUAAGUUUAAUGGUACUACACGGUGUGUCGUUUUGAAGGAUAUGGGUGUGUUGGGGGGUAUUCCAUUGGAAAAAGGAUGGAUAAUUGGGUCUUGUGUUACUUGAAAGUAUUGUCAGAGGCAUCAUGCCCAUCGGAGGCACAAGGGCACGUGCCUCCUCACGUUACAAUAUUUACUAAAUAUCAUUUUUAAGCCAAUCAUUCAAAUGUAUUUAUAAAGCCCUUUUUUACAUCAGCCGAUGUCACGAAGAGCUAUACAGAAACCCAGCCUAAAACUCCAAACAGCAAGCAAUGCAGAUGUAGAAGCACAGGGGCUAGGAAAAACUCCAUAGAAAGGCAGGAACCUAGGAAGAAACCUAAAGAGCCCACAUAUUUUCAUAAUUAUUUAUAAAAAAAGAUCUGUCAGCUAUAUGUUUCGGAGGGGCCACAGAUUCUGGUCCAGUAAGUGGCUCCUUCCGAGGUGCAUCGCGGACCAAAGAUAUGCGUGCAGAGAGUAUCGUCAGUGGAGGAGGAGAGUAAUGGAGUGAAUCACAGUUGAUUUUUACUGCCGGUUAUCGGCAGGUCUCACAGGAGCUAUGUCUGAAACUAAUUUUGAUCACGCUAUGUAGCCAAUUGAUUCAUUCUUGAUAAGUAAAUAAAACACAUGUUUGGUUGUUUCUCUGUAAUACUAGCCAACCAGCAAUUUUAUGAAGUUGACUUUAGCUAGCCAGCUACAGUGCCCUUUGUAAUUAUUGGGACAGUGAAGCGUGUUUUAUUAUGAAUAGUUUCCUAAUCUCCCAGACUCAUAAAUAGAUUCCCAGCCAUUUCAGGCUAUCAGUCAAGUUAGAGUAGCUUGUCUAACUAUCUUAGCUGGCAUGUCUGCUGGCAAGGUUGCUAGACUUUAGAAAAUACAAAAAUAGCUUUAAUUCUUGGGUUAUGAGACUAUAUAUACCAGUGUGGCAGUUUGUACUAAACUCUUAAAAUAUAAAAUUUCUUAAAGAAUCAAUGUGCAUCAUUAAUUAAAAUUACAAUUAAACCGGUUAGGGGUGCAGAAAAAUAUAAUAUAUUUACAUAGAAUUAGGCAUAACAAUUAUUGCUCUAGAUUGCAGGAAAAAGCAGUUUCAGGUGUUUGAAAAAUGCUAAACUCUCCAACUUGUCAGAAUUCUCAGAAUUCCCACCAUCCAUCUUCAUGUACUAUAUCACCCCUCUAAAAAUAAUGGGUGCAUGAGGCCCCUGGUAUUGUAACAAUAAAAUAAUAAUAUGCUGGAUAUGAAAUGAAAAUGUUGAUUGCCCUAAACAGACACUUUAUAAAUAUUGUAUGUACUUUUUUACUGUCUUCAUAUUUUACAUCUGAUUAUAAAUAAACACAUUUUUAUUUAUGGUGA